AUGAGUUACGGAUACGGAAGACAAAAUCCCUACGACUCGCCCGACACGGGCUACAACACUCCUACCGGCGGUUACGGAAACAAUGGUGGUUAUGGUAACAAUGGCGGCUAUGGAGGUGGGUACAACAGCCCUCCCGCGCAGAGUGGUUUCGGAGGUGAGAUUGUGAUUGAACUGGAUAUGGGACUGGCUGGUCGUCGUCCGUCAUCCACAGCGCGCGCUGACACGACGCGAUUCGUAGGCAACGUCGAGAUGGAGCCCCUCGCCCACAACGCCAGCUCUUUCGGCCAUGGCGACCCCAACGCCAUCCUGAACGAGUGCCGCGAUAUUGACCGCGGCAUCGACACUGUCGAGAAGAACCUUGAGGAGCUCCGUCACAUUCAACAGCGAACACUCGAUGACGCCGACAGCUCGGCAUCGAGCGCCGCUAACCAGCAGCUUGAUGCCCUCUCUGCCGACACCAUGAGCCUCUACCGCGGCCUCACAGAACGCGUCCGCGUCGUCAAGUCCAACCCCGAGGCCCAGUCAGCAAAGAACAACCCUCACGUCACCCGUAUCGACCGCCGCCUCAAGUCAGCUAUCCAGCAGUACCAGCAGGUUGAGUCGCAGUUCCGAAAGCGCACCCAGGACCAGAUGGCUCGCCAGUACCGUAUCGUUCGCCCCGAUGCCAGCGAAGCUGAGGUUCAGGCCGCCGUCGAGGACACAACUGGUGGCCAGGUCUUCCAGCAGGCUCUCAUGCAGAGCGACCGCCAAGGACGCGCCCGUGCCGCUCUCAGCGCUGUCCAGGAUCGUCACGCCGCCCUUGUCAAGAUUGAGCAGCAGAUGGUUGAGCUCGCUCAGCUGUUCCAGGAUAUGGACACCCUCGUCGUCCAGCAGGAGGUUGCUGUCACCCAGAUUGAGCAGAAGGCCGAAGAGGUCGUCGAGAACCUCGAUAAGGGUAACGAGGAGAUUGGCGUCGCCGUCAACACGGCCCGCAAGACUCGCAAGAAGAAGUGGAUCUGCCUUGGUAUCUGUGUGGCCAUCAUUCUCGUCAUCGUCAUUAUCGUGCUCAUCUACAUCUUUGUCAUCAAGGGCCAGAACAACGACAACAAGAAGCGAAGCCUCGUCGACGACAUCAACCGCACUCUACCCGCCAUCAACGCCCUCGGCCGACGAUCUCGCAUCAUGGGCCGAAGCGCAGACGACAGCGAAGCUACCGCCCUCCUUGACCAACUCACCAAGGGGCGGAUGCACCUCCCUUCAAUCCCGAAAUAGGCGCCCGGAGGAUAAAAGGUUGACUCCCCAAAAGUAUCUUGUUUGGGCGUGGCUGUCGUAUAGCCCAGCCAUCGCCCCGUGUUGCCAUCUUGAGGAUAUAUACGCAUCUGAAGAGAGGAAACCGAUUCUUUGCCUCACGGCGAUCAUUGCCUGCUGCUUUUUCUUUGCCUGUCUCUUGCGUAUUCCCUGCCCGCACCAUGUUUUGUUGCUGCUGCCACCACAGCCCGAUAGCCUGUCCUCAUCUCUUUUUGGUUUUGCUGUUGUUGAAAGGAUACAAAUCGGGCCUCUGCGUUGUUCUCUCUGUCGCCAUUCUGGAGUUUUUUCUCUCUUUCGAUUUGCAUUAGUUAGGGGC